AUGGUAUUCGGUCUCACAAGAAAGGAAAAUAGAGUACCAGAUCUAUCUAGGUAUGACUAUUAUUAUCAAAAUAAACAAGAUUAUAACAAAAGCUCACAAUUAUCUGCAGACGCUGCCUAUGCGGCAAGUUCAGCACAAUCAUCUCCUCCUCCUCCGAUAGCAUACACUAAUUCAAAUCAAUUAAGAUCCUCAACACCGUCUACCGUUAACCGUCGUUCUCGUAGGAAUACUGUCAUCAAUAAUAAUAAUAAUAAUAAUAGGAACAGUAACAUUACCAGCCGAAACAAUGUAAGGAAAGCUAAUUCAAUGGUAAAUUACUCUUCAAAUCCUUUAAGAAAACAACAACAACUACAACAACAGCCGCAACUUCCACAUUCAAAUUCAACAAGAUCUGUAAGAAAUAGUGCAAUACCAAACACGAAAAGGAUAACGAACGUCAAUCCAGUCUCAAAAACACCUCAAAAAAGACAAUCCGUUAGAAAAAACUCUACAACAAGGAAAAUAUCAUCUAAUAAUAAUACUACAACAAACGCUGUAACAAACAGAAACUCUAAUAAAACAUAUUCUUUAAAAUCACAAAUAAGUUUCGACUCUCCAAGGACGAAGAAAAACAUUAAUACUAAUACUGAUACUGAUACUGAUACUGAUACUAAUACUAAUAAUAUUCCAACAAAAAAAAUAAUUAACAAUAAUACCCGUAGAAUAAACUCAUUAACAACUGCAACAACAUCUCAAAAACAACUACAAAAUAAUCAUCAAAGAAGAACAAACUCAUUAACAUUAUCGAAAAAACAACAAGAAAAUAACUCAUCAUCAAGAACAAAUUCAAUAACUAUAAAGACUACAAAAGUAUUAGAUCCAUCAGGUAGAACUAAAUCAAUAACGAAAAAGACAAUAAAGAAAAUAGACGGUAAUGAAUAUAUAAUUGAAACUACUACAACUACCACUACUACUACAAAGAAAAAGAAGAAACCAAAUAAUAAUUAUCAUUUCGAUCAUUUUAGUGAUAAUUUUGUAGAUGAUUAUAAUGAAGACCUUAUUGAAGAAUUGAAUAAUAAUAAUUCAAAUCAACUCGAUGAUGAGGACGAUAUCGAUCAAUCAUUUCUGGAUCCCAGGAUUGAAAAUAUUAUCUUAGCUAAUGAUUCUACUUCUCCUCAGAUCCAAGAAAUUCCUGAAGAAGAUGAAGAUGAAGAUAUAAUAGAAUUAUCGGAAAAUAAUAAUGAUCAGGAAUAUUAUGAUGAUUAUGUCGAAAAUGAAGAUCAUGAUGAUGAAAGUGAAGUUGACUACAUUGAGGAAGAAGAAAAUCCGGAAGAACAAGUAGAACAAAUUGAUAACAAAAUUGACGAAUUCGUUUCAAAUAAUUUCACAUACGAUUAUGAUAACCCUUAUCUGGAUGAUAUUAAUGAAUCCCCCACCUUAACACCAUCCGAAAGUACCAACCCAGCCCAAUUUGAAUGGAAGAUUCAAACUCCCUAUUCUGAGUUACAAACCCCUAAACGAAUUAAAACGUCGGGUUCAUUGGUAAAAUUAGAUGAAACAAGUAGCAUGUCUAAAUUCGAUGACGCUUUGGAUUAUAUCCCAACGAAAUCUAUAACCACAACAAAGGAUCAACAUCCUACUUCACCAAUGGAAAAAUUGACAUCUCCAAAUAGAUUCAAAGCAACGAAGAUUAUUUCCACACCAACCAAAAUAAGUAAUACUACUACUGUCGAAGGUUAUAACAAUAAUAACAAAAAUAAUAAUGUUGAUUAUCCCUUAAAUAAAAGAAAAAGUAAAGGAAUAAAUAAGGAGAAAACAACGGUUAUAAAUACGCCAACAGCAACAGCACCACCACCACCACCACCACCACCAUCACAAGCCUCGUUAACUGCACAUAUGAAAAAUAAAACUCCACGUUCAGCUUCCUUUUCUAUUCCUAAGGCUCCUUCGAGUCAAAAUUCUAAUCAAAAGACAAAACAACCUCUUACAGAAGAAGAAAUGUAUGCACAUGCUUUGAAAGCUGCUGAAAAAAUUGUCUACAAAGAUAGAAUAGCAUCUCCUAUAUCACAACAAAGUGGUAAGGGGAAAACUAGUAAUAUGGGUCAAAGAAUGACGUUAAGAAGCCCUUCUGACAACAACAAUAACACAAAUACAAAUAAUCAAGCUCUAAUGGACAUUAUGAAUUCUCCUCCUCAUCCAUCACAACCACCACCUAAAAAUAAACUGGCUGCUUUAUUUCACAAGACUAAGUCUCAUUCCAGAAAUUCUUCCAUUGAUCAACCUACUAUAGUGACCACACAACCUCCAGUUGUAGUACAAUCUCACACAUCUCCUCGUACAUCAAAUAAUUCUAUGCAAAGAAAUAUACCAUCCGUAAAUACGACCUCUGAGGAAACUAACAACAAAACAAUGAAGAAGAAAAAGAAACCAUUAUCUGAUGAAGAAAUGUAUGCCCAAGCUUUGAAAAUUACAAGAAAAAGAUACCUUGAUUCACAUGGAAUUGUUGAACCAGACCAAGAUAAUGGAUCCUCCCAUGAGGAUAAUAUUUCACACUCAAAUAAAACUAUUGCAAGAGGAAAUGUUCCAGAACAAUCUUCCACGAUAACACAUGGAAUCAUUACUGCAUCAAGACCAAAUGAACCCGAAUUUGAAGAAACUACUUCAAGCACAAUAAUGGAACAACCUCAACCAAUUACUCCACCAACAACAUCAUCUAACUCAGCAACCCCUCCCACAACUGCAGCGGUGCUUCCUCAAUCAACUACUUCAAAGCCAUCUACCAAAAAUAAAUCAAAAUUUCAUGAUCUCAUGGAUAAAGUAGUUCAAUUCUCCGUAGAAAAUAGUGGCUAUCAACCACCAAGAGAAGAGAAAUUGAAAAUGAAACAAUCAGAAAGACAAAAUGAGGAACAACUAAUUCAUGAUCAAGUUAUAUCAUCAAUUCAAAAUCCCACAAUACCAACUCAGAAAGUAAAUUCAAUUAAUAAUACAAUUGGCCCCGCAGAUGGACAUGAACAGCCCCAACAAGGAGGAAUAAAUGAGGAAGAACUUGGAAAUACAAUAAUGCCACUUAAUGUCCCAUUAACAAACCCUGCCGCUACAGAUAGUGUUUCAUCUUUCCAAAAGACGAAAAGUGAAUCAAAGAGUAUGUUUACAAUGAAUUCAAAAAAAUCAAACAAAAAAUCAAAUAAUAAUGAUAUCGCAAUUGAUGAUACUACUAAAAUUAUUAAAGUUAAUACUGAUGGUAGUAAUGGUACUAUUAAGAAGAAAAGUGUAUUCAAGAAAUUAUUUAAUCGACAUUAA